AUACAAAAACUCCAUUUUCAAUUUCAAUUUGUCAAACGGCAUCUUGAUGUACAUACGUCUCAUUUAAUCGAGCAACGAGGGAGUAAAUUUAAAGGAAACAUUUUCAGUCAUUUGCUGCCACUCUGCAAGAUGCCUACUGCGCAGCAGACGUCUCAGCAGCAGCAGCAACAGCAGCAGCACCAACAGCAACUUAGCAACGAUGAGAGCAAUGGAGUUAGCCCAGAACUGAAACCUGAGGAAGAAAGUAUGCCAAAUUUAUCAACUCUAUCGUUAGAUGAGCUGAAGCAGCUUGAUCGAGAUCCCGAGUUUUUUGAUGAUUUCAUUGAGGAAAUGUCUGUGGUACAGCAUUUAAACGAGGAACUUGAUUCCAUGAUGAAUCAAGUGGAGAAUAUAUCACGUGAAAAUGAGAGCAAGGGCACGCAUUUAGUCGAAUUGAAACGACGGCUUAGUGACGAUUAUACGGCACUCAAGACGCUUGGUGAAAAAUGCGAUCUACUAAAUAAGAAGUACUUAAAGAAAUCGGAAGAAUAUGCGCCGCAGCACAUUCGUGAGCUACUGCAAAUAGCCGCAUCGAAUGCGGAUGGUGAUUGUGACCGACAUGUCGAGCAUUUUCUGAAUGGUAAAAUUGAUGUUCAGACCUUUCUCAACACCUAUCAGAGCUCCAAGAAAAUUAGCGCUGAGCGCAAGGCCAAGGAGGAGAGACUGGGCAGCCAGCUAACUGCAUUAGAACGUGCUGGAAUAUAAGCAGUAAACAGAGGAUGAUGUAACUACAAUAACUUUCUCCCUCUACUUGAGCGAUCGCCUUACUCAUAAUUGUUUUAUACUGUUUGGUUCAUUACAAAGCCGCAAUAUAUACAUACAUAUUGAAGAUUAAGGAAAUAGCCGUGUAUUGUAGAAUUUGAUCGCUUGAGAUGUGUGUAAAAUCUAGUUUAUAUUUAUAUUUACAUAAUUAGUCGUUAAUAGCAGUUAAGUCGAUAGGGCAAUCAAAUUUUGGUUAGUUGCAUUUUACUAUAAAAUUUGUGUAACAAUUAUUGUAUCGUACUUGUCGACUGUGUGCGACUGUCCAUAUAAUUAAUUAUCCAAAAGAAUGUGUGUAUAUGCAUGUACCAAGGAAUUAUAACGUGUAUGACUUAAAUAUAUUUACAAACAUUCAAGUUUCAAC